CCUAAAUUUUUCCCUUUUGCUUUUUAUCCCCCUUUAUCAUUCAAUUACCUAAGGAGACUUCUCUGUUAUUUUGGCCUUUUUCUCCUCUCCCCAAACCUAUGCAUUUUAAAGACUGACCCUUUAAAUCUCACAUGUGUUUGAGUCCCUUCCUGUAGUCUAAACUCUGAUCUCCCAGGACAUUUUCCUAGUAUUUUAAGAUGGCAGAAAGGCCUUGUCUUUCUGAUGAAGAUUUUAGAUCAUCCUUGGGCCAAAAUGCCAACUUUCCUCUUCUGGUUUUCUUGGCACAAAGCUUUUUGAUAAGUCUCGGUGAGGUAAUGAGAAGUCCAUGCUGGGAUUCGGCUUGGUCCAGAAACGGCGCUGGACCAGACAACCAGGGCCCUGGCUUACGCUUCAACGUGGGGCCUGGCCCAGGCAGCCAGGCUGAAAUGUGGCUCUCCAACUCACUGCUGUGCGGCUGGCAGUCACCCGCCCCCACCCCACCCCACCUGCCCCCACCCCCCAUGAGAUGAGUGAAGCCCAAGACCCUGCCCAAGUUGUUGUCACCCAAGUGAAGCUGUGGGGCUGGAGUCGUGAAGAUGGGAGCAGUGGGUCUCUCCGUUCCCGCCAGCACCAGGAGCUCCAGGCCUUCCUUGGCCUUCUGGGUGACUCUGGCUUGGCAGAGCACAGUUUCCUUCAGGAAUUCCUCUCCAGAGAUCCCUGUUUCCAGAUUUCAGAUAAGUAUCUCCUGGCCAUAGCGCUGGUCUACUUCCGACGCGCCAACCUGAAGCUCAGCGAGUACACCCGCAGCAACCUAUUCUUAGCCCUGUACCUUGCGAAUGACAUGGAGGAGGACCUUGAGGAAGCCAAAUGCGUGAUUUUCCCCUGGGCCCUGGGCAAAGAUUGGCAUCAUCAGGUGGCAGACUUCCUGCAUCAGAGGGAUAAGCUGUGGGCACGGAUGGACUUCCGGGCCUUCGUGAGCCGCCAAUGCUGUGAGGAGGUCAUGGCCAAGGAGCCAUCCCACUGGGCCUGGACUCGGGAGAGGCGCCCCCACCAUGGUGGGGCUCAGAGGAGCGGCCCAGAGGCCCAGGUCCCCCUCCCUCGGGGCCCUGGCCUCUCGCCACCCCACUGUUCCCUCUGUAGCUUGCCCCCUCUCUGUAGCCACUGCUGCCACCAACCCCGCCCCUUGGCUGUCUUACCCAAGUGUUCUUUCUCAAACCCUGAGUGGUACCACCCUCCUUCCCACACUUGUCUCUCAGUGGCUAAAGACCCCUGGGGUGGGGACUUCCUCAUGGUCCUGCCAUCCCAGCUGCAUCUGGAGCCAGGCACCUACACCUUCCACAGUGAGUUGGGGACAGGAGCUGAAUGGUGUUCUUGGGAGACUGGGAGGCAGGUGUGGGUUCCGAGAGAAUGGGAGGAAGAGAAGGAGCCUGGCACCAGCAGGCCUGGGCACAUGUCCCGGCUCUGCCACCUCCUAGCUGUAUGAGCUUGGCAAGUUACCUCACUGAGCGUCUCUCUGUCCUUCUUCCCCCAGUCCUCCCAAAGCCUCCACCAGUGCCCUAGGCAUUGAAUUCUCAGGGUGAAGAGCAUCUUGCCUGCUUGCCUGCUGAACUGACACUCUACUGGCUGUGGCCCCCAGCCUCCUGUCUUGGCUUCAGGCUGGCAGUGCUGCCCAAGACCCCUGCCCCUUCCUCUCAACCUGAAAUUGUGCCCACUCUGACUUUGGCCCCUCUAAUAAACUCAUGUCCACAGGACACCAACUAUGCUUAGGCCCUGGCCUGGCUCCUUGACCUAAGAAGGGGUUAGGGAAGAAGCUGGAGGGGAGGGGUUCUGCCAGGUUUAGGUAUCAGUGGUUGAGACCCAUAAGCACACAUGCUAUAGUAGCUCUUUCCCUUUCUGUUGGUGGCCAGUCAUCCCGAGCCUCAGUUUCCUCUCUACAACAUCAUCUAUGGAUGAUGAGAUCUACACAGUGUAAAUGGGAUUGAAUGAGAUUAGGUAAAUGCAGCCUUUAGAAGAGGGUUAGGAGAGUAUUAGACAAAAAAAAGCUCAAAUGGAAAACAGCUCUAUACUCAAUUUAGAAAUGCCUGCAGGGCUAGGUCUGUUUAGGAAUAAGAUUUGAUUCUUGCCCUAGGCUGCCAUCAAAUAUAAUGCAAUUAUUAUAAUAGAACACCCCCCAAAAAAAACCAACAACAACAACACAGUAUAUUUGUUAAUGAGAGAGCAGGGAAGGCUUUCCAGAGGAGGUGGCAUUUGAAGUGGGCAUUGAAAAUGUCAAGUAUGCCCAUGAGGAUUGAGGGGCAGGAUCUAUGAGGAAGGGUAUUCUUGGAAAGACAGCCUAGUGUAGUGCUUAAGCCUAGUGUAGGUCUCUGUUGCCAGACAGCUGAAGUUCAAAUUCCAGGUUCCUGUGUGACCUUGGCAUGUUAUUUUAAUCUUUAUUGCCUCAUCUGUAAAAUGGGUAUUAUAAUAAAAUGGGUGUUGAAUGUUAAUCCUAGAAGGUCUUAGAACUGUGUCUCAAGAAUGGAGCUCACAUGUGUGUUACUAGUAGAGAAACUGCUGCCUACAGAAAGGUUAGAGGGGAGGGUGUGUUUGGGGCUGGAACCAAAGGUGGAGAAGGCUGGAGAAGUCUACAAGGGUCAGAUGGCAGAAAUUUGGAUGCAAUGCCUCUGUGCAAUAUGAGUGGCUCCCAAGAUGCAUGGAAGUAAGAAAGCCUGGACACAGCAGACAUUGGAAGCCAAAAUAAGGAUUACAAAGUAUUUUCAAUUUGUUUUCCAAGUAGGUAAUAUAUUCACAUGUAUGUUUUGAAUUUUGAACCCAGUCACCGCCUAUUCCUGACUCCCAGCUACGUGGUUCCCAUCCCUGGAAGCAAUGAAAGUAGUUUUUGUCCUUCCAGAGAAAACACACAUUACCAAAUGUGGUGUAAUAUAUACAUAUAUACAAAGGGUGCCAAAAAAAUGUAUACACAUUUUAAGAAAGGGAAAACUGUACUAAAGUUGUAAUACUCAAUAUAUAUGGAU